AUCACUUAACACAAAUUACUGGUUUCUGAGAUGAUGUUGUUACUUUCUUUGAGAAAGGCCACUUGCAUUCCAUUCUGUAUAUUUAAAUAGAAGUCCGGUGUAUGUGUGCAAUAGGUUUUGAAAACAUUCGCGAGAGAUAACUUUUGUUUAGUUGCUCUUGACAAUAGUUCAGUUUCCUUAUCAAUUUGGUGUGGAACGGGCAAUAGUAACGUUUUUCGAGUUGUCUGACUCAGUUGUACUUUUGUGGUUGACUGAGCUAGUUCGCUUGGUAAAAAGCUGAGAAAUUAAAUGUUUUUAUUUUCGAAAAAGGAAAAAAAAAUUGUGUUGUGAGUGAUUACUGUCUAGUGAUCGUGAUCUGUGAAAAAUGGAAAUGUUUUUGGUACUUUUGUUGAUCAUAUAUGGAUAUUGGUACUUUUUCACUCGUAGACCAUCCAAUUAUCCACCAGGACCAAAAUGGUUACCCAUUGUGGGAAACACACCAUUUUUACGAAAAACUGCCCGGAUGCUUGGUGGACAACAUCUUGUGUUCGAGAAGUGGAUGAAGGAUUACAAAAGUCCUGUGAUUGGCCUAAAAUUGGGCGGGGAAUAUUGUGUCGUUGCCCUGACAUAUCCAAUGGUUCGUGCUAUUCACACUGGAGAUGAGUAUGAUGGCCGCCCGGACAAUUUCUUUUUGCGUCUCCGCACAAUGGGAACAAGAUUAGGAAUAACAUGCACCGAUGGUCCAUUAUGGACCGAGCAAAGAAGUUUCGUUACUAAACAUCUUCGGGAAGCUGGAUACGGUCGAAGACCAAUGGAAAUUCAAAUUCAAAAUGAACUCAACGAAUUGUUGGAUGUAAUUGAUAUGACAAAAGAGCAGCCAAUAUGGCCGGGCACCUUCCUUGCUCCGAGUGUUAUUAAUGUAUUAUGGACGUUUACGGCAGGUGAAAGAAUUCCAAGGUACGACGAGAGACUGAAUCGACUGUUGAAUCUGUUAAAUCUCAGAUCCAAGGCAUUUGAUAUGUCUGGCGGAAUCUUAAAUCAAAUGGCGUGGUUAAGGCAUAUCGCACCUGAAAAGACUGGCUACAAUUUGAUCAAACGUUUCAAUCACGAGCUACACGAAUUCUUCAUGGCAAGCAUAAACAGUCAUAAAGAUGAUUACGAUGAAUCGAAAGCGACUGAUGAUCUAAUUUACGCUUACAUAAAGGCCAUGCAAGAUGACAAGGCGACUAGCCUAUACUUCACCGACGUACAGUUGACAAUGAUAAUUUUGGAUAUUUUCAUUGCUGGUUCUCAGACCACAGCCAUAACGCUUGAUUUAGCGUUGAGAACGAUGGCAUUGUAUCCGAAAAUCCAGAGCCGCAUUCAGGCUGAAUUAGAUGCGGUGUAUGAAGAGGGUCAAUCGCCGUCAGUUUUGGAAAAAAGUAAAUUUAGUUACAUCGAAGCAACUAUAAUGGAAGUCCAACGAUUCUUUCACAUUACGCCCAUAACGGGUCCGCGGCGAGUUUUGAGGGAAACUACGUUGGGUGGAUACAAGAUUCCGAAAAAUACGACCGUUUUGAUUCAUCUACGUUCAGUACAUAUGGACAAAGAUCAUUGGGGUGAUCCGGAGAUUUUCCGUCCCGAGCGAUUUUUAAACGAAAAAAUGGAAAUUGUCAAUACGGAAUGGUUGAUGCCAUUCGGUCAAGGACGGCGUCGUUGUCUGGGCGAACAAUUGGCUAGAGGAUGCCUGUUCACAUUUUUCGCUGGAGUAUUGCAAAGAUUUGAAGUUCGAGUGGGUGGAGAUGAAAGAAUUGACGAGAGCUUGUUGCCAGGCAUCACUUUGUCACCGAAGCCGUAUCAGGUCAUAUUCAGAAAACGUUUGAGGGCUGGCGAACAAAUUAAUUCUACUUAAACAACUAUACUCAUAAUAUGUGACAUCCAUGGAUGCAGUAAUAAGUUUAGCAUUUUUGAUAAGAAACUACAGGUGAAAAAGGAGCAUAAUCUUAUAGUUACAACGACAUUUUUAUAUACCCCAAUUUAUUGUGAAUGGUUCGCUAUGAAUCCUAUCUGCUGCCUAUGCAGCUCCUUGUUUGCAUUUAAUAAACUGAUAAAAUUUAAUCCUUA